AUACAGCAAAAAAAAAAGAAAAAAAAAAUGUCUAUGAACAACAUUUUCUUUAAGGAUCUUUAAUGAUGCAUCUCUAAAAUUCUUCAAAUAUUUAGCGUCCGUCUUUACAUUCCUCCCAUCCCUUUUGGAGUAAAGAAGUAAAGGUUGUAUCUCAAAAGUAGAAUCAAGUACCAGCAUGUACAGAAUAAAUGCCUGGUCUCUCUAAUCCACGCACGCGAAGUGAACAUGAGAUUUUUUGCAUUAACUACGGCUCAUGGAUAAUAAAUAAUAGAAUGGAAAUUUGCCUUUAAAAAUCCUUUUCUGUUCUUAGAAUGUACGUGGAAUUUAAUGCCCGUUGUAUUGGGGGAAUCUCAAGGGAAAACAACUUGUUAGCAUAGAUCGCAAUACUUCGUGCAAAACACCCCAGUACUAUAUUACUAAAAUGUAUGGCUCAACUGUUUGCAAAUCAGCAAACUGGCAGUGAUGCCGUUCAACAUCACGACGACUGAACACCCUAGCGGAGACAGAAUACACUCAAGGAAUGUUUCUAGCAGAGAACAAGACUUAGUCAAUGCGAGCAGGGCUCCAUGGCAUGAAAUUCACCGCGGUUUCCCUUCAAGAUUUUCAAAAGAGAGACACGGAUAUACGCUAUCCACCGUAAAAGUGUUAACCAUAACCAGUGAAGAUGACUCAAUCGGCGUAUUACUUCCUUUAGUUUGUCUUGCGCUAUUUCUCUUCUCAGCAGCCUUUGCCUUUCGCUGUCAGAGAAGAAGAGAAAGAAAAUACCGGGUCUCAAGCCCACAGAGAGUUUCAAAGCUUGGAACCAGCGAGCAGGGCCAAGAUUAUGAUGCCCUGUCAAGACAGCAGAAAAACAGCAACGGCCAUCGUCGCAAACAGCAACUAAAGCAAGGAGGGCAAAACGUCACCCACCUUCACCGUCCUGUCACAAACGUUGUGCCUCCUCCGCUAUGCACCAAUUGUCGAAUUGAGAAAUGGCGUCAGGACGGUAGGACCUGGUGUCAUUCCUUGGGGGAUCGACCAAAUGUUGGAGCAUGCGCAAACGGAAAGCUGCCUUACCGCGAUGCAGAAGCGCAUGUUAUAAAAUAUUACGCUACACCAAACAAGUUUGUGGACUCUCCCGAGUUACUGUCCAGUGUUUUCUUCACUCCCGAGUCAAUGAUCGUGCCUUAUCCUCCCCUCCACGGGAUAACUCCUGCACCGCAUCACGCGAUGGACACGUGCUCUAGCAUCCAUGAGGAUGCGGCCAGCGAAACUGGUUGGGAUGAUGGCUCACCUUCCAGUGUUGCUAACUGCGCCUGCAGGCUGAUCACAGAUAAAGUUGUCGAGCCUAAUAGCGGUAUUCCUGAAGUUUGGGUAUGAAGGGCAGGAGCCUAGAGAUCCAGGAGCCCUAUUUCGAACAAUAAAACCCUACCGCAAUCGGUUGGUACUUACUAAAUAUGGAUUGAUCCAUUUGAGACAACGCACAGGGAGCUCAAACUCCCCUUGUGAUAGGACGCUAGUAGAUAACCCGGUGUUUUCUUUGAAAUAAAUGACGGAUAAACGAAUAAAAGACGAAUUUGCCCCAAUACGAAAAAGAGAAAUCAAACCAUACUAUAUCAUAAGGAUAUAAGAUAUAUCAUAAAGAUAUAAGAGAAUAAAAGCUUUAAAUACGGUC